AGAAUAGCUCCUCGCUGAUAGUCUGCAAAGCACAGACUCUAUAAUAAAGCCUUGAAUUGGGCAUGAUAUAAUUCUCUGGCUGUGCCAAAUAAGGAGCAGCUCUAAUACAAGGCCUAUGAAGUGCAGUAGACCUUUUUUUCUUCAUAGUUCUGUCGCAAUCCAUGUUACGGGAUAUGUAAAACUAAAAAAAAGGGUUUGUGUCUGCAGACUAGUAGUUGGGAACGGGAAAAGUGGGCGUGACCACGUCAUGUGAGCAAACAAGAAGGCGAUACAAAAAUGUGUGCAAACAUGACGCUUGAACACACGUUAUGUUGUUCGGUGCUGUUGUACAACUCGUAAACUCCGUUGUAGACUACAAAGAAUGGCGAAUGAUACAGCUCAUCACUGAACCCGGACCAGGGCAGAGAAACGACGGUAAGAAGCUGACUUAAUGCAUCACAUAGUGCUUACAAGAACAAAUCAUCCCUGUUGCUGACUUCUUGAACAAUAUCGUAGACCCUCCACACUGAAGCCUAGCCCUUGAAGCAAGGAUGAAGCCUUCCGACUUCAUUGGUGGGAUACUUGUUAUCAUUUCUCUGUGUUUCUUCCCUUCCUGCGACACCCUAUCUCCCGUCAUCACCCACAAACAAGAACUAUGGGUGUCUCAGAAGCAGGGAGAAGUACACACCUAUCGAACCCCAAUCCUCGUCAAGCUUCCGACAGGAGACCUCUUGGCCUUCUCCGCACCCCGCAAGAACACCAGCGCCGACAAGUCUGCAAAAUUCAUCACGCUCCGGCGAUCCACAGAUGGCGGAUUGCACUGGGAUGUGACUAGGAUAAUCGAGGAUGACUAUGACGUCGAAGACGGGCUAAACCUCGGCUCUGUGAUAAUCGACAAAAUUACCAACACCACGUAUGUAUUCUUUGGAUAUUGCCAGCACACACCGGGGACGUGCACGUCACCCUACAGAGAGAAGGGGGUCUAUUUCAAGAUAAGCCGUGACUGGGGAUAUACGUGGACCCCUGCAAUCAACGUCAAAGAAACAAAUUCUGCAUUGGAGGGGAUAACGUGGGCUCCUGGUCCAGGCUUUGGGAUCCAGAAAGAACUGGAGCCAAACAAAGGGAGAUUGAUCGGUUGCGGGCAUCAUGUUGAUGUUGCCUUUUACCAAAUGCAGUGCAUAUACAGCGACGAUCACGGCAAGACAUGGCAUAUGAACUCCCCUCUCUAUGGCUUACCGUAUGCUCAAAAACACAUUACGGGUGACUUCACACCAGGCGAAACACAGGUUAUUGAACUCUCAAACGGAACUGUCUUCGUCACUAUUCGCAACGAGAACAAGUUCCACUGCCACUGUCGUCUGCAGUCGCUGAGUUACGACGGUGGCUACUCGUUUCUCAUCCCGCACCUCACCGUACAAGAAGCGCUAGUCGACCCCUCGGUCUUUGGGUCACUCGCCCUCCUCAACAACACGCUCUUCCUCUCGCACCCUUAUAACACAGACUCGCGCAUAAACAUGACACUGCAAUGGAGCUUCGACUCAGGCCAGACGUGGCCCGGUGCGAUGCAGCUAUACGAGGGUCCCAGCGAGUACUCCAGCCUUGCCCAAAUCGAUGAUGAGUAUCUAGGAUUGCUUUUCGAGCGGGACGGCUAUAAAUACAUCGACUUUUUCAAGAUUCGAAUCAAAUGAAAAGUUGUGGAAUCUUCCUAUAGGUGUAGCCUAGGUCUCGACUCUUGCUGAGUGAGGGAGGAGUCUCGCCAAACUUUCCGACACUGUUUGCAAAACUUAUUUGGUUCAUAUGGCCUGAUUUUAACCAAAGAUAAAGGUUCCUCAUUCCUGGCCAGAAAGCAAGAUUUAAUUGCUGAAAGUAUUUCAGCGUUUAGCUAUACCUUCAUAUUACUAGUCUUAUCUCAAAAUAUAUGUGCCUACAGUGUGACUUUAUACCCAGACGUAUACUUAUGGAUUUCUAACCAAGAUGUUACUUUUAUCAUUCUAGAUGUUUUGUCUUUCACUUUUGCAAUCUGCUAUACCGUUAGUAUAUAUCUCAAUACUACAUCAAUGUUAGGAUUAGGAUCGCAUUUAAGAAGUAAAUUUCUUGACUUUGAUAGAUUCAAAUAAAGAACUUGAAAUGGUGUACUAUAAAAGGAGUAACUAUUUUGACAGAAUCAUUUUGAAGGCUAAUUACUUGAAAUACCUAUAUUUUUCAAAAAGUAUAGUUUGUGUACCGCGAAGAAACUUGAUAUUAGAUACAUCUUGAAACUUGGUAUUGCAGCAUCAGAAAUAUCAGUACUAUAAGAAAUUGUGGACAAAAUGUCCCUUACGACAUGAACAUCUUGAAACUGUAAUUAUUUUCAUGUUUGCAAAAAGCAUGCUAUUCCAUUUUAGAUAGCCUUGAAAACCUAAUCCACAGACGCUUUUUAUAUGCAUGGACUUACGAGGCAAUCAAUGGCUUACAUUCGUUUUGGUCAGGUAACUUUUACAUUUGUAUGUUUGAAUUUAGCAGGGGUUUUUAGCAGCCAAGAGCCGAGAAGAAGUCCAAUAUACUAAAAGCCACAAGUGCCAUAGGGAUGAUCAAAGCUUGCUCCUUGUCUUCUGUACUUUUAGUCAUAGUUCUUGAAAUUCAUGUCCUUGCAUCUUUCCCACCAAAAAAAAAAGCAGUUGGAAUAGCGCUAGCAAUCUUGUUGGAGUCUCUUUGUUUUGUAUCGGCUGUUCCAUGAUUUGAUGUCGACAUGUUUAUAGCUCUCUUUAUGGCUACUCUUUGCGGCUCUUGGCUGCUAAUGGUGGCUUUGGUGGGACCGAGAUGGUGGCUAGAUUUCACACAAGAUUUGUGCCUUGUACCCCAUAGGCCUAGCUACAAUGAUUCUUUCUUGUUACUUAUGUACACCCGAUAGUUCAUGAAGUGAUUGCAAUAUUAUAUAAAAUCUAAUCAUGUAUAGAAACAGUGUCAAGUAUAGUUGUACAUUACUACACGCUUUUCAUAAAUUCUGGCAAUAAAGAAUAAAAGAUAACUCACUUGUAA